AUGGCCUCGAAGUGUAACUAUGUACCUGAUGUAAUGGACUUGCAGUGUAACUAUAUACCUGAUGUAAUGGACUCGCAGUGUAACUAUGUACCUGAUGUAAUGGACUUGCAGUGUAACUAUAUACCUGAUGUAAUGGACUUGCAGUGUAACUAUAUACCUGAUGUAAUAGACUUGCAGUGUAACUAUGUACCUGAUGUAAUGGACUUGCAGUGUAACUAUAUACCUGAUGUAAUGGCCUCUAAGUGUAACUAUGUACCUGAUGUAAUGGACUUGCAGUGUAACUAUGUACCUGAUGUAAUGGCCUCGAAGCGUAACUAUGUACCUGAUGUAAUGGACGUGCAGUGUAACUAUAUACCUGAUGUAAUGGCCUCGAAGUGUAACUAUGUACCUGAUGUAAUGGACUUGCAGUGUAACUAUAUACCUGAUGUAAUGGCCUCGAAGUGUAACUAUGUACCUGAUUUAAUGGACUUGCAGUGUAACUAUAUACCUGAUGUAAUGGCCUCGAAGUGUAACUAUGUACCUGAUGUAAUAGACUUGCAGUGUAACUAUGUACCUGAUGUAAUGGCCUCGAAGUGUAACUAUGUACCUGAUGUAAUGGACUUGCAGUGUAACUAUAUACCUGAUGUAAUGGCCUCGAAGUGUAACUAUGUACCUGAUGUAAUGGACUUGCAGUGUAACUAUGUACCUGAUGUAAUGGACUCGCAGUGUAACUAUGUACCUGCUGUUAUAAUCUCUCGGUGUAAAAAUGUACCUGGUGGAAUGGCCUCGAAGUGUAACUAUAUACCUGGUGUAAUGAUCUCAAAGUGUAACGAUGUACCUGGUGUAAUGUUCUCGAAGUGUAACGAUGUACCUGGUGUCAUUGCCUCAUAG